AGCGUCAGAGAGACAGAGGCACAGGAGAGGACCAAGAAGAAGACCUCAAGACGCAUUUAGAGUAUGAACAGAAUCGCUUUUGCGGGUUUCCUACUGGCACUGGGUUUUAUCGUCUGCGAAGGAGGCAACCCGUGUUGCUCAGAGCCAUGCCAGAACAGAGGUGUGUGCACAGCUCUGGGGUCAGAUAACUACGAGUGUGACUGCACCCGCACGGGCUAUUAUGGACACAACUGCACAACACCGGAAUUCCUCACCUGGAUCAAAGUGUCACUGAAGCCAUCUCCGAACACAAUCCACUACAUUCUUACCCACUUCAAGGGUUUUUGGAACAUCAUCAACAACAUUUCGUUUAUCAGGGAUGCCAUCAUGAGAUAUGUGCUAACAUCUCGUUCCCAUUUGAUUGACAGUCCUCCAACUUUUAAUGCUGAUUAUGGUUAUAAAAGCUGGGAAGCGUACUCCAACCUGUCCUAUUAUACACGUGUCCUUCCCCCUGUUCCUGAAGAUUGCCCAACCCCUAUGGGAGUAGUAGGUAAAAAGGAGCUCCCUGAUGUUAAGGUUUUGGCUGAGAAGCUCCUGAUGAGAAGACAGUUUAUACCCGAUCCACAGGGCACCAGCUUGAUGUUUGCUUUCUUCGCGCAGCACUUUACUCACCAGUUCUUCAAAUCUGAUAUGAAGAAAGGACCUGCUUUCACUGUGGCUACAGGUCACGGGGUGGACCUCAGUCACAUUUAUGGUGACAACCUGGAGAGGCAACACAAGCUCAGACUCUUCAAGGAUGGCAAACUUAGACAUCAGAUACUGGAUGGAGAAGUGUACCCCCCUACAGUUAAGGAAGUGGGUGUGGACAUGCACUACCCGCCACAUGUUCCGGACACUCACCGCUUCGCCGUUGGCCACGAAGCGUUUGGCCUGGUCCCUGGUCUCAUGAUGUAUGCCACCAUCUGGCUCCGUGAGCACAACAGAGUGUGUGAUGUGUUGAAAGAAGUCCACCCAGACUGGGAUGACGAAAGACUCUUCCAGACCACACGGCUCAUUCUUAUUGGUGAGACCAUCAAGAUUGUGAUCGAGGACUACGUGCAGCACUUGAGUGGGUAUAACUUUAAGCUCAAGUUUGACCCCGAGCUGCUCUUUAACCAGCGUUUCCAGUAUCAAAACCGCAUUUCAUCUGAGUUCAACACGCUAUAUCACUGGCACCCACUGAUGCCAGAUAGUUUCCACAUUGAGGAGAAAGAUUACAGCUACAAAGAGUUUGUCUUCAACACUACGGUGGUGACUGAGCACGGCAUCAGCAACCUGGUCGAGUCCUUUUCCAAGCAGAUUGCAGGACGGGUUGCUGGUGGUCGUAAUGUCCCGGGCCCUAUUAUGUACGUGUCCAUAAAGUCCAUCGAGGGCAGCAGAAAAAUGCGGUACCAGUCUCUUAAUGCCUACAGAAAAAGGUUCUCCAUGAAGCCCUACAGCUCCUUUGAAGACAUGACCGGAGAGAAAGAAAUGGCUGCAGUGCUGAAGGAGCUGUACGGGCACGUCGACGCUGUGGAGCUCUAUCCGGGCCUGCUGGUGGAGAAGCCUCGGCCCAAUGCCAUCUUUGGAGAGACAAUGGUAGAAAUGGGGGCCCCAUUCUCUCUCAAGGGCUUAAUGGGGAAUCCCAUCUGUUCCCCGGAGUACUGGAAGCCCAGCACCUUUGGAGGCAGCGUCGGCUUCGAUAUUGUAAACACGGCGUCUCUGCAGAGGCUCGUCUGCAACAACGUGCGGGGUCCCUGUCCUGUGGCGUCCUUUCAUGUGCCUGAUGUUAAAGAGACCAGCUCCAUGAUCCUCAACUCAAGCACAUCAAACUCUCGCGACAGUAACAUCAACCCCACAGUCAUUCUGAAAGAAAGGACUACUGAGCUCUAAUUAUCAAUAGGAAUUUUAUGCAUUUUGUUAAUGAUUAUUUAUUUAUUUAUUUCGAUAUUUAUUGUAUUUCUAUUUAUAGACUAUGAUAUAAAUUAAGUUUUUUUCUAUAUGUAUUUGUACAAGCCUUUUAAGUAUCUAUGUGGAACAAAAAUGUGUUAUUUAUUGAAAAUGUUGUAGACUAUUGUCACGGUGAGGAUUUCAGUCAAUGCAAUUUGAUACUUGAAAUUUAGUUUACAGUUUUGACUGCAGAGUAGUAGAAUUAACACUUAGUGUUUCCUCACAUUCAAUGCAAUGCUGUACAUCUCAUUAAUAUUAAAGCCAUAUUCAUGGCUUGGCUAUACAGUGCUUACGUGUAGGAUCAGCCCAGCAGCUGGGAGCUCCACAACUUCACACGUAGUAACAUUUACAAUGACUUAAGUUGAGUGUUUUGAUCUGAUUUAGCAUACAUUACACUUCAUUACUGUUUCAGAUUUUUAUUUUUGUUGGGACUGUUUGAAAUGUGUGCCUGAGUGAGUCUAAGAUGCAACCCUUUGAGUGAAUAUUUGCUCUACAGGAAUUAUGUAAUAUCAUUAUGGAAUUUUUUGUUUCUUAAUGUUGAUGAUUUGCAACUUUUGAUGCUAAUAAAUGCUGUCAGGAAAACAAUUUCCUA